CUACUUGAUCAUGGGAUGUCCAUCUAAAAAAGAAAAGACAAAACAACUACUUUGCUCAUUGACGAGAAGAUAUAGUCACUGCCAAUCACUUUGCUCAUUGGAUAAUCCAUUUUCUGUCACUAAUCAUCCUACCUGAAUGAGAACCAACACUUAAAAUUGAAGGAAAAUUUUCAUGGUCCUUCAAUAAAAUUUGAUGUGCUGCGCCAACAAAAUAUAGUUGUAACAAUUAAUUUCGAUUGCGAUACGUUUUAUCAUGGUGAGCCACUAAACAAUAGAGACGACACAUGCAUGCCUAUUAGAUAUAGGUUCCCACAUACUAACUCAUCCAUCAUCCAUGCCUUUCUUUUAGCAAAAAGUCAAGUUAGGUGUUAAUAGUGUUAUGAGUCAUUGGACUCGUUGAUAAGGUUCAUAUAUUUAGUUAUCCUAUAUAGUAAAUCAACUCACGAGCAUAGAGUUCAUAUAGCACAUUGCUUAGAAUAUUGCAAACACAAAAACAAUAUGGUGAACAUGGUGACUGUUGCUUGGUCAUUGAUCAGUUGGACAAUGAAAAAGGUUGGUCUUGUGGAGCCUUGCACAGUGGAGAUAGAGGCAGGUACAGUUAUGAGAUUCUGGAUUCCAUCUCAAACUGUUUCAAAACCCACCAAGCCAGUAGUUGUUCUCCUCCACCCCUUCUGCGCCGACGGACUUAUAAACUGGAUGUUCCAAAUCAGCAGUUUAUCCAAAAACUAUGCUGUUUAUGUGCCCGACUUUAUUUUCUUCGGCGGCUCCACAACGGAUAAGCCGGAUCGAUCACCGACUUUUCAAGCCGAGUAUUUGGCGAAGGGGUUAAAGAAACUCGGAGUGGAGAAAUGCGCUGUGGUUGGAGUCAGUUAUGGCAGAAUGGUGGCGUUUAAAAUGGUAGAGUUGUACAAUGAGCUGGUUCAAGCAGUGGUUAUAUCAGGCUCAGUUUUGGCUAUAGAAGAGUGUAUGGUUAGUAGGGCAGUGGAAGGUAUUGGAUUUUCUUCUUGUUCGGAAAUGUUAUUACCAUCUUCUAAUGAUGGGUUGAGAACACUUCUUUUUGUUGGUGUAUACAGAAAUAUUCGGUUUCCUAACUGUAUGCUCAGUGACUUUCUUCAGGUUUGCAUUCUAGUUUUAGCAUUAUGUUUCAUAGAUAUUCUAGAAAAACCAUACAUCCGUUUGACUAUCUACCAUCAACCAUGACAUGACAUGGUGAGUGUUAAUUGGGUUACCAUAUUUGGGAUAACUUGCCUUGCAAGGUAAUGAAACACAAAUUAAAGAAUAUGAACUGAAUUGUGUUAGCUGUGAUUUCUAUUGAAUGAAUUGUACUUGAAUUACAG